AAAAUUAUGCUGUCCAAUAUAAAAACGAAAAAUUACACCACACAUUUUAAUAAUUUGAUUAAUUGUUACAAUUACUAUAGCAUUUUCGUGACUUUACAUGCAAAAUUCGGUAUUCUUUGGCCCCGCCCUUUAAGUUCUGUAAGAAUUUCUAUUGGUCAACAAAAUUUCCCAAAAUCUCGUAAUGUUUUUCACGGAAAAGCUGGAAGGUGAGAUAUAGUUGUCUCCGUCUAACUAAUGGGUCGUCACGCUUGCUUGCUCGCUCACGCAAGGGUGGAAAAAACAGUAUGAUACUAUUCAGUGACUUUCAAGUUUAUUCUAGUGACGGACGUAUUUUUAAAGAAACAAAAAAUAUUUAAGUAUUUGUAAUUAAAAAUCAAAAACAUUUUAACAAUUAUUUGUGUGAAUAAAAUCAGUCAGUAUUAAAUAAAUCAAUAUAUUUAAAUUCAAUUUAAAAGUGAACAUUUUUUUAGUUUCAGAAGCCAUAGACAUAUUCAAGAAUUCUUUAAAGUGCAAUAAAAAAAUAUUGACCAUUAAAAAAGUGAUUCGAAACUUAAUCGAUUAAAAAAAAUAAUUAUGUAAACGGCCAGUGACAAAGCAAAAAAAAAAAAUAAUGCGACAAUUUUGACGUUAACUUUUUUAUGAACAUUUAAUAACGGGCAAAGAAAAUGUGUCGCCUCGGUUUUUUUGUCGACGUAACAUAAGUCUGUAGACAAUGAUUUAUUGGCUGUAAAAUGGAAUAUUCUUGGCAUAUGGAGGACAAUCAAGACCAAAGAAGUACCAGAAUUCCUGUACGAGGACAAGGUCCGGGGCUGAUCGACGAGCUGGAGGCCUACAUGGCUCCCGUCGGGGAGGGGGGCUACGUCCCCCAACCCCUGGACGCCAGGCGGAUAGGAGGCCACCAAUUGCCGGAGAGCCCUCCUGAUUCCGGCUCAGAAAACCCUUACAGUCCCUCAGAGCAAGUCCACCAGCACACGAUCGUCUCACACACAGUUCUGGGUUCCGACUACAUGCUCGUUCAGGAACACUUGAACCACGACAUCCUACAACAAGACGGCGGCUACAUUUACGAAGAGCUUAAAUCUGACAAUCUUGAUCACGAAGUGUUACGAGAUAAUCUCAGCAAUGUAGUUGUACUGCCAUCUGACCCUAAUAUUGUUGAACUUGGCAUUAGAGCAGUGAGAAACGAUAUUCUAGAUCCGUAUCAAGCCAGGUACAACCAAAUUAGGGUUGAUAUGAAUGAGUUAGACCAGGGAUUGAUCAAUCCACAACUGGUGUCUUUAGGACAUGAAUCUAUGACGCCCGUGUAUACGAAUCUUCAAGAGCCUAGUACAAAGAAGAGGAAGCAUUCGCAGGAUACAAAUUCUCAAGUCAAAUGUGAGCCAGCUGCCCUGUCUCCAGAGAGCCUACCGCAGCUCCGAGCGGCUCCCCCCUCAGUAGACGGGUCGGAGGCCGGGGAUGAUGCACCACUUCAGUGCAUACGAUUCGCUAACUUCCAGCAGAACUCCUGGCACACGCUGUUCGACUGUAAUCUAAAACCUUUGCCGAUGCCAUCCUACGUAGUCGGAGCAGAUAAGGGCUUCAACUUCUCCCAAAUAGACGAGGCUUUCGUCUGUCAGAAGAAGAAUCACUUCCAGGUGACCUGUCAGACACAGACGCAAGGCGAGCCGCAUUAUGUGAAGACUGCUGACGGGUUUAAGAAGAUCAACAAUUUCUGCCUCCACUUCUACGGUGUUAAGGCGGAGGAUCCCAGUCAAGAAGUGAGGGUGGAACAAAGCCAAUCUGAUAGAACAAAGAAACCAUUUCAUCCUGUACCAGUGGAGCUCCGGCGAGAAGGCGCGAAGGUUACCGUCGGCCGUCUCCACUUCGCGGAGACCACAAAUAAUAACAUGAGGAAGAAGGGCAGACCCAAUCCUGACCAGAGACACUUCCAACUAGUAGUGGCACUGAGGGCUCACACAGCGCACGCUGACUUCACGAUCGCUGCGCACGCCAGUGAUAGGAUUAUUGUCAGGGCAUCAAAUCCAGGCCAAUUCGAGUCAGACUGCACAGAGAAUUGGUGGCAGCGAGGAAUAUCAGACAAUAGCGUGCAUUUCAAUGGACGGGUUGGCAUCAACACGGACCGGCCCGAUGAGUCUUUGGUCUGCAAUGGUAACCUGAAGGUGAUGGGGCGCAUCCUCCAUCCAUCAGAUGCUCGCGCCAAACACAACAUUGAGGAGUUGGACACGGCACAGCAACUCCGUAAUGUCCAGAGCAUCAGGGUUGUCAAAUUCAACUACGACCCGUCGUUCGCCGAGCAUUCAGGUCUGCUUGGCUAUGACCCCACGGCGACCGCCCCUCAACAAGACACAGGCGUCAUUGCUCAAGAGGUCAGGAGGGUGAUACCAGAGGCGGUGAAAGAGGCAGGGGACCUGACAUUGCCCAAUGGAGACACUAUACCAAAAUUCUUGGUUGUCAACAAGGACCGCAUCUUUAUGGAGAACAUCGGUGCAGUCAAGGAGCUGUGCAAGGUGACCGGCAACCUGGAGUCCAGGAUCGACCAGCUCGAGAGGAUCAACAAGAAACUCUGCAAAUUCAGCAUUUUACAGAGGAGGGACAGCUCACGUUCUAGUGUCAGUAAUGAUUCCCGCUACUCAGUCAUAUCGAGCGCCUCGAAAAUCCCAAGCGAUGGCAACAUUUCAAUUGACCACAUCCGCGACAUCGCGCGCAACAUCCGCAAACACGAGUGUUGCCAGAAACUCAGCCACAACUCCCCGAAAUACACUAGGAAACAGUGCAAAAACUGCCACGGAUCAUCUAAAUACGGGAAAUAUUAUAAUUACAACAAAACUUGUGUGCGUUAUUCGAAUAAAGAUGAUAAGGUUGAAAAACUCGAGCCUAGAUACGUAGAAGCUGAAGUUAAUCGGAUCGAUAAACUGCCAGAAGACCAUUACAGCACUAUUUCGAAGAAGAAGGACUUUCUAUGGCCUCGGGAAGAUGAUUUUUCAUACGGCAACCCUAGACUGCCGUUCUGUUGUAGGAGGAAAGACGGAUAUGAUGCCAACAGCGAAUUGAUUUCGAAUAAAUUCCUGCAGAUUGUCAUAACGAUAUUGAUUUUUAUUAUGGCUGUAUGCUUAGUAGUGAUGUCAGCUCUAUACUUCCGCGAGCACCAGGAGCUGCUCUCGAUAAAGGAGACGAGACUGCACGAGAAGUACAACAACUACCAGCUCUACAACAAGUUUAACGUCAACAACGCGAUCAGGGCGCCAUCUGACGCCAACCAGAUAAAGAAUUCGAAACCAUCGUUAAAUGAUUCAAAGAAGACUGUAAAGGACAAAGGAACCCACAAGACGACUCAGGAGUACACCACCAUCCCCCCUCUGGAUCCGCCACACACAGCCAGCACUAUACUAGUGCACACUUCAAGAAGCUAUCUCAACAACUAUAUCAGCAACAACAUCGAGCAAACGUCACAAGUGCCAGUCGACCCCCCUCUGGUGUCGUCUCGCACGUCUGACGUCAUCGGUGCGGGUUGUGCCUUCCCCAAUAUCAACGAACUCGAUCCUGAUUGCCAGACAUCCUGCGGCAUCGACGCGCCUCAAACAUACGAAAACCAAGACACAGACAGGGCCAAAUCUGAAAAGGAUAACGAAACCUUCGCAAAACCAAUAGAACCAUUCAAAGAAAAACUACCAAACAUACCUGACACGCCAGAAAAGAAUAACUCGGAAUCAUUGAAAAUUGAUGAAGCAUUGAAAGUUCAACUACAUGAUGAGAUAAUCGCCGAGUCGAAUCUUCUAGAAUCGACCAAACAGAAUGUAACGGAGGGUAGGAUGAGAAGGGCUGUGAGCUUCGGAGUGGUGAAGCGGGUCUCCAGGCAGACGAAUCAAGCUGUGCUGAAGAGCUCGUCUGAGGAAUUGAAUUUGAGCGAAUCGGAAUGUGACGAUAUCAGCGUCGGCAUCUUCAGCCAAUCAAUCACGAACGCUUCUCUCUUCGUCGAGGAGGUCUGUCCUGGCGUUUCACACAUCUUCAAUUACACAAUCAUAUUGUCCCACUGUCUCAAUCACAAGAACAUCGAUAUUAUAUUCAGGUCAAUGAAACACAACCACUUCCAACGAUGUGACCUUUACGACUGCAAACAUGACGUGAACUGUCGCAAGCUGAUUCUGAGCGGGGAAAAAUGGUCUGCUAAGAUGCCACUACACGCUGAUUGCAACGUGGACAGUGUCAUGAGAAUCAGGACAGCUGUAGUCCAGAUCGACGAUAUUUGCAGUCUCACUUCAAAGGACAAGAUCAACUUUCUCGAAUACAACAUUCGCUUGUAUCGUGAUUGUCAAAAUUGAACGAGUUCCUACAUUUCGGGUACAUAUCAACGUCACCAAAAUGUCGGGAAGCAAGGAUAUAGCAAUGACAGACGUCAUAUCGCCUGAAAUAGUGUCAAACUCUAAUAAUUUUGUAGUAAUUUAUCAUUGAAACAGUCUUGUUUUUAUAAGACAGCUAAAUCAUUUUAGCUAAAGUCUCUUCAUAGUCGUAUUCCUCAUGGCUGAGGGUCGUGGUAAUUACGUGGAAUGAAACACACACAACAACUUUCUUGGCAUAAUUAAUGGAGUGGUUUGCCAUUGCCUUCACCAUUUCACACACAAGUUAAUAAUAAUCAACCAAUGUGCAGGUUUCCUCACGAUGUUUCCCAUCACCGGAAGCAAGUGGUGGUCGAUGAAAACUACUAUAUACAUGAGUCAGAUUGGUAUACAAACUCAUGCGGCACGAGUAGGAUUCGAACCUGGGACCUUUUGAUCCACAGGCGGCCGUCUUAACCAUUACACCACCACCGCUUCUAAGCUAAAGUAAUACAUACUUUAUUCUCACAAUCGCAGAUUUAAAUUGUGUUGUAACUCGGAAUUCUGUGAUCACACUUUGCAAUAUUUUGUAAAUGACAGAACGAGACAAAACAUACUUUAGCAUAUUGCUUUUUUUAUGAAUAAGAAAGCAAGUAAAUCUUUACAACCCAUUAUGAUAUGAUGAGCCCACACUAUUCCUUUUCUUUGCAGACUUAUUCGUGUUUUUUUGAAGAUGUGGGCUCACCAUUAGAGAUUCGACAAAUAAAUACACAUCACAAUAACGUAUUGUCAAAUCGAAUACUCUCCAUUUUACUCAAUUGUUUGAGCCAUCCGAAAUAUGAUAAUUAUUAUGAAAUCAAAGAAUCUUUUUUUAAGUUACGAAGAAUCUCAUUUAAGAAUGAUAGAGAAAAUAUCUCGUGGAGAAACAUCUCAUUUAUGGCAGAAUUAAUGAUUAUACAUUUAUUUUUUUUAAUUUACAUAUAUUGUUAAGUAUAUAAGUAAGUAAGUAGUUAUAAUAUUUUUGAUAUUUUCGGUAAAUCGGUUUGUGUCUUUUUCAAGACCUGUCAAGAAAAAUCAAAUCGUUAUUUUCUCGUAGAGAAUUGAGAAUGAAUUCCAAUUCAUACAAUAAAGUUACGUAAUAAUUAUCAACUAAGACGUAACAAAUAUGAAAAUGUGAAUCUGUUCACAUCACAAUUAACAUCACACAAAUUAAAUAUAAUUCGUAAAAACAAUAAUAUUGUCGAGAUUUUCAAACGAAUUACUGAAUUAACCACACAUCAUACAAUAUUGUGCACCCACAGAUAAUUUAUUUUAUUGUGUUCGCAUAAGGGUGUUUAAAAAACUUUAUUAGUAAAUUAAUUAUAAGUUUAUAUAUAGCUAAUAUUAAUAAAAACAUUCCAAAAGUGCAAUUAUAUAUGUCCGUCCGUGCUUAAAAAUUAUGUAUUAUAAUUGCUUUGAAUAAAAUCUGUUUAAAAUGAACUGAAGAUUUAACUUUAUUAAAACUAAUUUGAGUUAAAUUUUGAACUGAAAAUAUUUACACAAAUAGGAAUUGAUUUUUUACAUUUUUUGGUGACAGUUUUUUUUUAUGUAAAGAUUACAAAAUAUUUGUUUCCAUUAAUGUUAAAAUAAAAUUAUCUAAUAAAUGAAAACAAAUCAUAGCGUUUAAAAUGUAAUAAUUUGAUAUAAUAAAACAUAUAUUUAAUUGAUAUUUAAUUAAUUUUUAUUUGUAAAAUAGAUUUUUACGUAUUAUUCAGCUUUAUUUUUUAAUGUAAAUUUAAUUUUUAAUUGUAAAAUAAGCGGAAUACUCAAGAAUUAUUAUUUUUUAUCAUAUAUUUUUUUUAAUUUGUAUCAUUAAGGCCAUACUUGAGCCAUAUAGUUGAUAAAACCAGUAGAUAUACAGGGUUAGUUCAAAAUCUGCAAUUAACGUAUAACAUUGUUAAGUCAUACAAAUUUCAUAAUUUAGUUUUUAUUUUUUUUGGGGUAUUUUAUAUCGUAUACAUUCCACGCCAGUACUUAAUUAGAAUAAGAUUUUGUUAAAUCUUAAUUUUAUGAAUUAGAUUAUAUUUUGAUGAAAGACGAGUUGUUUUGCCACGAAAAUAUCAUAAUUAUUUGUUAUAUAAAACCAAUUAGUAAUAUCAUAAAUGGAGUUUUAUUUUUUACAGUGUCGAUUUUAUUUAAUUUUUUUUAAAAAACAUGGAAUUGUUGGCACAAUUGAUAUCACUAUUGUAAUUACACAUUUAAUUUUUAAUAAUUACAAUUUUUCUUAAAGUAAUUGAUUGAAUACGUACGAUUUACUGUCAAAAUGAAGUGUUUUAAAUAUGAUUAACUGAUUUAAUAGUUUUAUGUAUUAUUUGGCAGUAUUUACUAAAUUAUUUUUCUAUUAAAGAAAAUCAGUUAUGUAUAGAAUUUUAACUGUAUAAAGAUUUUAAUAAUAUAUGAGUAAAAUUAGGUAAUAUAAGUCACGUUCUGAUGUAUUUGAAACAUAGCAAUUAGAAAACACUAAUUAGUAAAAAAAAAAAACAAUUAUAAUAUUUUAGUAUGUUUCUUGCCAUAUUUAAAUUUCAUCUAACAUCUUUUUAGUAAUAAUUUCGUGUAAAAAAUGACGUAUGUCUACGCCAGUACACCACAACACUAGGCGCGUCCCGCCCGCGACCCCUCGCGCGGCAGCCAAUGGCUAUCGAACACGACAAUUUAAAUUUGAUUCCUGCGCGCGCACUACAAAUCUAAUUUUGUUGUAUUCCAUUCCUGUCGUUACAUUAUAUUCCAAUGUAACAAUUUGUAUCAACAAGAAAAAUAUAGUUAUCUAGUUUUUAUCUACCAAUUAGAUCCGUAAUGAACAGCGUGCAUUAAUGUGUUUUAUCGUAAAAAUAUUUAAAACGCCUCUUUCUUAUUAUAUUAAUAUUUAUAAUAAUGUUUGACUGCUCAGGUAAUAUUAAUAUUUUAUUUUAUAUUUUAGUCACUUUAAACAAUUAUUUAUUAGGGUAUAAAUGGUUAAAAAAAAAGUAAAAGCGUAGAUUAUUAGUUCAUAUUAAUUAUUUUUAGAUAUUGGAUCACAACCUUCGUAUUAGAUAUAUUGAGUAUAAUAAAAUGUAUUUUUACAUUUUUGUGGACACGAAAUAACAUUUAUUUUUAUCAAUUAACUUUUUUUUUUUAAUAAUUCUAUUUCAAGAAUCUGAAAGAAGCAUGAUCGCUGUGUUUUAAUUUUGUGAAACAAAUAUUUAAAAUCCUUUAUUUUCAACAUACAAUAGUAAAAAAAUCGCCAUUUUCUUUACAUUGUUUGAUAUUUUAUGCACUAAAAUUAAUUAUAAAAUAUAAGUAGGUAUGCUUAAAAAGGAUUUUAAUAUGCUAUUAUCAUUUUCGAAUCUCAUACUCCAGGGGGUCUACCAUAAAACAUAAAAUACGCAGCACGUAAUUGCGUCCACACGUUCUCCCUUUUUUACACGACACGUGCACGACAUAGGAAAAAGAGACAGCGUGUGGACGUUAGUAACGUGCUACGUGUUUUGUUCCGUGGUACGCCUUCAGUAAUAUUAAUAGUCCAAAUAUUUCAUUGCAACACAUGAGAAAAUAUAUUAAAUUCAGCUUAAACUAAUUUAUUUCAAUGUGAACUCCAUCAACUGUAUACAAUAUAAUAUUAUUUUGCUGUCACAUUCAUUCAAGUCUAUUAUUGUAAUAAUAGUUUAUUAGCUUAGAAAAUAAAUACUUAGUGCCUAUUUAUAAUAAUGAUUAUAGAUGAUUGUUUACGUACUGCUAUUUUGAAGAUAUAAGUGAUUAAAUUGUAGCAAAUUA